GACCUCAAGCUGCAGAAGCAACGGGCUGACAGAACCGCAAGGAAUGCUUUGCAGAAGCAGAUCGAGGCCUACAAGCGUGAGAAUUUUGGCGAAAAGCAGAAGGUUAGAAAAACCACAGCCAAGCCAAAAGCAGCAGCCGCAUUGAAAGCCACUUGCGGCUUAGAUUUGCCGGAGGACCCAGAAUUGCGAGCCGAGGUCAUCAAACAGGCCAUUCAAGAUUCCGAGAAAGUGGAAGAAAUGAUUGGCCAAAUCGUGAAUGCUUGCUCUUUGCCACAAAAGUUGAGCAUUACCAGGUUGGACCAGUCUGGUCGUGGCAGCCGAGCCAAGCAAAUGAAAGAACUACUUCGGCAGGCUGAGGAAGCCGUGAAGAGCGGAGGAAGCGGUGCUG